AUGUCAUCUACUUUGGCGAGCCUUGCCGCCCUGACGACAGUGUUUACGCCUCCUCCAUCUUGCGCAGGUCGGUACGCUGUCUUCAUCGGCAGCCCAACACCAAUUGGAGGGGCCCUGAGCACCAACACGCCGAGUAGCGGGUGGAUAGACCCCUCAUUCUCAUCAUGCGUUCCACCAGAGUACACAAACACGUAUCCAACGUUCAGCCCAGGCGUAUGCCCCUCGGGAAUGAGUAUCAUUUCGUCGGCCUCAGAUGUCCAGGGCUCUAGGACGAUAUGGACUGGCGCGUGUUGCCAGAGCGGGUUUGAAACCAUGGAAAUCGACCCCAGAUAUAUCUGCACAUCCUCCGUCACCACGCCAAUGGGGUUCUUGUUGGACCCAAACAUCUCGACUACAGACAUCUACACCACCAUGUCCAACCUCCAGAUUGAGCAUGACCAGUUAAUGGUGGUGUGGGAGGAGUCGGACCUCGCAGCUCUGCCAACCAACGUCGCAGUCCAGUACGCCUCCAUAAUGGGUGUCGUAGUGCCAACUCCAAGCUCAAGCGAGGAAGAAGAUACAACCAGUUCCCUACAACCAGCUGGCACAAGCGUCGCUCCGCAGGUAGCAAUAACGACAAGCUCAUCUGAAUCUCUAGCAGGAAGCCAAGGAGCAUCGAGUCCACGCUCUGCUACGGGCGAGCUGACUGAUUUUCCACAAGCGACCGCUGCCAAAGUUUCAUCUUCCGUUUUUGGCAAGGAAACCAAUCAGCUGGUCAUUUGGACGUGCUUAGCACUCAUUUUGAAGCUGAUGUUCAGCAUCGGAUGA